AUGGAUUUAUUGGCGUUGAUACUAUGUGCUUACCUCGUUUUGGUUUUACUCCAAGGUCUUCGUUUUCUCAAGAAAAAGGCCAGCACGAGUCCCUCCAAUCUCCCACCCGGUCCACCACCUCUUCCUGUGAUCAGUAACCUCCUUGAGCUCAGUGAUCUUCUGCACAAGUCCCUCGCCAAGCUCGCUCGCACUUAUGGCCCCAUCCUCAAGCUCCGGCUCAAAUCCAUAACCACUGUAGUCGUCUCGUCACCGAUUGUCCCCAAAGAAAUCCUCCAAGUCCACGACAUGUCUUUCUCGAACCGCAUGGUCCCCAACACGCUAACUACAUUCAAGCAAGACGAGCUCGGUUUGCCCUGGGCGCCCAUCUCGCCUCUAUGGAGAAAUUUAAGGAGAGUAUGCAACCUACACAUAUUCACCAACAAUAAGCUUCACUCGACUCAACAUUUGCGCCUUAAGAAAGUGCAAGAACUUCUUGCCCACGUCAAGAUAAGCACUCAAGUCGGCAAUGCAGUGGACAUCAGUGAAGCGGCUUUCAGGACAAGCCUUAACUUCUUGUUCAACACCAUUUUCUCCUUGGAUUUAGCAGACCCUUCUUCUGUUUCUACCACCGAGUUCAAGAAGAUCGUUUCUCGUAUUAUGGUCGAGGCCGGAAAACCUAACAUCGCAGAUUACUUUCCGGUGCUAAGGAAGAUUGACCCGUAA